GCUCCAGCAACAACCUCAACUGUACAGGCUACAACCACAACAGGGCCAGUAACAGCUACAACCACAACUCCACAAACAACUACUGUACCAGCAACAACCACA